AUAUCAUCUUAUUUAUCCCCUCUUCUCACUAAAAUCUAUAAGCCAUGGGGAUCACCAGCUUUACACAAGAGUUCACAUGUCCAAUUGCCCCAUCAAGAAUGUACAAGGCAUUGAUCCUAGAGUCUAACCAAUUGAUUCCAAAGCUCUUACCUAAAUUCAUAAAAAGUGUUGAGGUUAUUCAAGGAGAUGGAGGAGCUGGAAGCAUUGAACAAGUCAACUUCACUGAAGCUAGCCACUUUAAAUAUGUGAAACAUCGACUUGAUGAGCUUGAUAAGGACAAUUUUGUGUGCAAGUACACUAUGAUUGAGGGGGAUGCUUUGGGUGACAAGCUUGAAUCUAUUGCUUACGAGGUCAAGUUUGAGGCAGCUAGUGAUGGGGGUUGCAUCUGCAAGAUGAUAAGCAAAUACAACACUAUUGGUGAUUUUGAAAUCAAAGAAGAAGAAAUUAAGGCAGGCAAGGACAGUGCUAUUGGGAUCUACAAAGUUGUGGAAGCCUACCUCUUGGAGAACCCUCAAGUCUAUGCUUAGAUGGGGACCUAAAUAUAAAUUUACACCCAAUUCUCAAAUAUUAAUUUUAAUUCCAUACAUGAUAUUUGGUUCCUUGCUUGUUUUUUAUUAUAUGCCCCAUUAAGAGUGAAAAGGGUGUGUAUACACAUUGAGAGUCAGGUAGAGCUCUUGGUCCUUUUAAGUUUUUGAGUGUGUAGUUUGUAACUCCUUACGAU